AUGGCUGGUACCCAGGUGACCGACACCAUUGCGCCGGCGGAGGUGGCCCCGCCCAAAGCCUUCGAGCAUCAUGAUGUGCACGAUGCGUGGGCGUCGGACUCAUCCAUGAAGUCGAUCAUUGCCAAUGCCAAGGCGGCCACAGAAAAAGAGCAGAGUAUGAGUCUGCUGCAGGGCAUCAAGCUAUACCCCAAGGCGUUGGCGUGGAGCGUGCUCAUUUCGACCUGCAUUGCGAUGGAAGGAUACGAUAUCAGUCUGGUGAACAAUUUUUACGCUUUCCCGCAAUUUAAUCGCAAAUACGGAGAACGAAUAGCAGAUGGGUCAUACCAAGUACCGGCCAGAUGGCAAUCUGGACUGAGUAACGGCGCCGCCGUGGGAGAGAUAAUCGGGUUAUUCAUCAACGGUUGGGCCUCGGAGCGAUUCGGAUAUCGAUAUACCAUCAUGGCCUGUCUCGUUCUCGUCAGUGCAUGGACGGCCAUCUUCUUCACGGCCCAGAAUGUACAGUCUCUUCUGGCCGCGGAGAUUCUCUGCGGUGUGCCCUGGGGGGUGUUCCAAACCUUGACCAUCACCUACGCCUCGGAAGUGUGCCCGGUUGCCUUGCGGGGGUAUCUGACGACCUACGUGAACUUCUGCUGGGGCCUCGGCCAGUUGAUUGGAAUCGGUGUGAUUCGGUCCAUGCUCAACCGCAAUGAUGAGUGGGCCUACCGUAUUCCCUAUGGGCUGCAGUGGAUGUGGCCCCUGCCUCUUUUCAUUGGUAUCAUGCUCGCUCCCGAGUCUCCCUGGUGGCUUGUUCGUCGGGGCCGGACCAAGGACGCCAAACGUGCGCUGGAACGCUUGACCACAAAGCGUGAAGACUCCCCGUUUGAUGCCGAUGAGACAAUCUCGAUGAUGGUGCACACUACCGCCCUGGAGGCGAAAAUCACAAAGGGGGCAAGCUACCUGGACUGUUUCAGAGGGACCGAUCUGCGCCGCACCGAGAUUGUGUGCAUGGUCUGGGCGAUCCAGAACUUGAGCGGCAACUCCUUCUCGAACUACUCCACCUACUUUCUAGAACAGGCCGGCUUGGACUCCUCCAAUGCGUACAACUUUGCCAUGGGUCAGUAUAGUAUUAAUAUGGUGGGUGUCUUUGGAGCGUGGUUCCUGAUGACUCUGGGGAUCGGCCGUCGUACCCUCUACCUAUACGGCCUGUGUGGACUGUGCGCGAUGCUCUUGACGAUGGGCUUCCUGGGACUCGUCCCGGCUGCCCACCGCGAUCAAGCAUCGAUGGCGACUGGAGCGCUUAUGCUUGUAUGGGCACUGUUCUACCAAUUAACCGUCGGCACUGUCUGCUACUCAUUGGUGGCCGAGCUUUCCACACGCCGCCUCCAGAUCAAGACUGUGGUGCUCGGUCGCAAUCUCUACAAUGUGAUCGGCAUUAUCUGUGGUGUGUUGACUCCCUACAUGCUGAACCCGGGCGAGUGGGAUUGGGGCAAUUAUGCCGGCUUCUUCUGGGGCGGUAUUUGCUUCUUGUGCAUUAUCUACACUUAUUUCCGGGUGCCAGAGCCGCGUGGUCGCUCUUUUGCCGAAUUGGAUUUGCUUUUCGAGCGUGGCGUGAGUGCCCGCAAGUUUGCGUCCACCCAUGUGGACGUGUUUGACGAGACCAUCGAGAGUCACGUCGUUGAUGAAUAUCGGGCGGAAAAGGGCGCCAUGAAUGAUCCCAGCCAGGUGGAAAAACACGCUGGCGCCGCAUGA